AUGGCUCCUCUCCAACCUUUCCGCGCUGAGCACAUGGGCUCCCUGCUUAGACCCCAAGCUCUCCUCGAUGUGAGAGAGCAGAUCCGUGAAAAGGGCCUCUCCCCAGAGAAUGCAGGUCUUGAAGCUGUCGAGAAUGAAGCUGUCAAGGAAGUUGUCAAGAUGCAGCAAGAACUGGGCUUCAAGGCUGUAACUAGCGGCGAGUUCACCAGGACUCGAUUCUGGGGACUCAUGUGGGAUGAGUUCGAGGGCAGCACUCAGCUCCAGGAUGCUGAGGCCAGUCUUUUCCGUCUGUACCAUCCCGAUGUGGUGAGCCUGAUCGAGAAGGAUCGCCAGGUCAUGCCCGGCGACUCUGUCAUUGCUAGCAGCAAGCUCUCCCACAACCCUGAGAAGUCUGUCUCCAACUUGCACGAGUUGAAGCUUGUGCAGCAGUUUGUGCCAAAGGAGCAAUGGGGCUCCAUCAAGCUCACCAUGAUCACUCCUGCUUGGUUCCACAUGCGUUAUAAGCAGGGCAAGGCUUAUGCUCCUGAGGCGUAUAAGAACGAUGAAGAGUACUUUGCCGACGUUGCCAAGGUUUAUCAGGCCGAGCUUGAUAUGCUGUACAAGGCUGGUCUGCGAAACGUUCAGUUCGAUGACCCCGGCAUGGCUUACUUUUGCAGUCAAAAGUUCCGUGAUGGCUGGGCUGCUGACUCUGACAACAUCGGCACUGUUGAUGAUCUCCUAGACGCUUAUAUCAAGCUCUACAACAACAGUUUGUCCAAGAUCCCCUCAGACAUGCACACUGGUAUCCAUCUCUGCCGUGGCAACUUCAUUGGCGGUCGUCACUUUGCCGAGGGCAAAUACGACAUCAUUGCUGAGAAGCUGUUCCGUGACUUGAACGUCAACACCUUUUACCUGGAAUACGACACCGAGCGCUCUGGCGGUUUUGAGCCUCUGGAAUUCCUCCCCAAGAACAAGAGUGUCGUUGUCGGUGUUAUCAGCACCAAGUUGCCUCAGCUUGAGGAUAAGGAGGAGAUGAAGAAGAGAGUUUUGAGUGCGGCCGAUUGGGUCGCCAAGGGUAGUGGUGAGAGCCAAAAGGAGGCUCUGCAGAGGGUCGCUGUCAGUCCCCAAUGUGGAUUCAGUACGCAUGAAAGUGGAUAUCCUCUUAACCUUGACGAGGAGAAGAAGAAGUUGGCAUUGGUUAGGGAGAUUGCUGAUGAGAUCUGGGGCGAGGCCUAA